AUGUUGCCAGCCAAAGAGGCGGCAAAGAUCUACCACACCAACUACGUCCGUAACGCUCGAGCUGUGGGCGUCUUGUGGACGGUGUUCACCAUCACGUUCGCUGUGAUCACUGUGGUGGUGUUCAUCCAGCCCUACUGGAUCGGAGACAGCGUCAACACGCCACAAGCUGGUUAUUUCGGCCUCUUCCACUACUGCAUCGGGAACGCACUCACCUCGGAGCUCAUCUGCAAAGGCAGCGCACUGGACUUUGGAUCCAUCCCAUCCGGAGCCUUUAAGACGGCCAUGUUCUUCGUCGGCAUCUCCACGCUGCUGGUUGUGGGGAGCAUCGUGUGCUUCAGUCUCUUCUUCUUCUGCAACGCGGGCAGUGUGUACAAGAUCUGCGCCUGGAUGCAGCUGGCCUCCAGUGCCUGCAUGGUGAUUGGCUGCAUGAUUUACCCCGAUGGCUGGGACUCUGACGAGGUGAAGCGUAUGUGCGGCCAGCGGACGGACAAAUACACCCUGGGUCACUGCACGGUGCGUUGGGCCUACAUCCUCGCCAUCAUCAGCAUCAUGGACUCGCUCAUCCUGGCUUUCCUGGCCUUCAGCCUGGGCAGCAGACAGGACAAGCUGCUGCCUGAAGACUUCCAGGUGGAGGGGAAAGGUAUCAGCAGGGAGGGGAGGACAUACCUGUAA